AAAUUAGAAUAUAAUGUAUAUAUAAAUAAUACAUUAUUUAACACACAUGACGUGUGUAAUUCCUCUGGAAAUCAAAGAGAAUAGAAAGAAUAAUGGCUUCCUCAGCAACUGCAACAAGAAGCAUAAGCAGCAGCAGCAACUGUAACAGCCCCCAUGGGUAUCCAUGUUGGAGACAACCCAUAUCCAUAUCGGUGAGCAUGAAGACUCCCAGCUGGGUUGUCACAGCAAGCACUUCUCCAGACACCAACAAGAACAAGAAGAAGAACAAGAGAAGAUCUUCAUCAUCAUCAACAACAACCAACAACAAGAAACAACCACUUUUGGCCGUGGAAAACAAAAACGACAACAACGCCAACGACAAGGCCAAUGCAGGUAGCAGUGAAAGCGACAAGAAACAGAAGCAGCAGAAGUUGUUGGAUCUGGAGGACGUGAACCCGGUGGGGCUGGGGAGGAGGUCAAGGCAGCUGUUGGACGAGGUUUGGAGGAAGUUCUCGGGGCUGGGACAGAUAUCAAGCACCACCAGACCAGACCAGAGAGAAGCACUUGACGCACUCCUUAUAAGGGAAGGCCCCAUGUGUGAGUUUGCCAUCCCCGGCGCACAAAACACAACCGUCCUCGUCGUCGGCGCCACCUCCACCAUCGGUCGGAUUGUCGUCCGUAAGCUCAUGCUUAGGGGCUACUCCGUCAAGGCAUUGGUGAGAAAGGCGGAUGAGCAAGUGUUGGACAUGCUCCCGAGAUCAGUUGAGAUAGUUGUUGGGGACGUGGGUGAGCCCUCCACCCUCAUGGAUGCUGUGGAAGGUUGCAACAAGAUCAUCUACUGCGCCACCGCUCGCUCUGCCAUCACCGGGGAUCUCUAUAGGGUCGAUCACCGCGGUGUCUACAACGUCAGCAAAGCAUUUCAGGUCUCCCCGGACUACAACAACAAGCUAGCUCAAAUACGAGCGGGGAAAAGCAGCAAAAGCAAGCUCCUGCUUGCCAAGUUCAAGUCUGAAGAGUCAUUGGCCGGGUGGGAAGUUCGUCAGGGAACGUACUUUCAGGAUGUGGUUGCUUCUAAGUAUGAUGGAGGAAUGGAUGCUAAGUUUGAGUUUACCGAGUCUGGAGAUGCCGUCUUUUCAGGCUAUGUUUUCACUCGGGGAGGGUACGUCGAACUUACAAAGAAGCUUUCGCUUCCUCUUGGUCGCACUCUUGACAGGUAUGAAGGUCUGGUUCUCUCGGUUGGUGGGAACGGAAGAUCUUAUGUUUUGAUUCUUGAAGCUGGUCCCUUAUCAGAUACAUCUCAGAGUAAAUUGUAUUUUGCUCGAAUUAACACAAAAGUGGGAUUUUGUAGGGUGAGAGUACCAUUUUCGUCCUUCCGCCCUGUGAAACCAGAUGAUCCAACAUUAGAUCCAUUUCUUAUACACACAUUGACCAUACGGUUUGAACCCAGAAGACAGAAACCUGUCGAAGGGCCUGCAGGAGCCAAUCAAGAUCCAAGAAGCUUUAAGCUUAUAUUGGAAUACAUAAAAGCUUUGCCUACCGGACAAGAGACGGACUUUAUCUUGGUGUCAUGCACUGGAUCAGGAUUGGAACCUACCAGGAAGGAGCAGGUUCUUAAAGCCAAGAGGGCCGGAGAAGAUUCCUUGAGAAGAUCAGGACUAGGAUACACAAUCAUUCGUCCUGGACCCCUAAAGGAAGAACCUGGUGGCCAACGUGCACUCAUAUUUGAUCAAGGAAAUAGGAUUUCUCAGGGAAUCAGCUGUGCUGAUGUGGCUGAUAUCUGUGUGAAGGCUUUGCAUGAUUCCACUGCAAGGAACAAGAGCUUUGAUGUAUGUUAUGAAUAUGUUGCUGAGCAGGGAAAGGAACUGUAUGAACUGGUUGCUCAUUUGCCUGACAAAGCAAAUAACUAUUUGACGCCUGCACUAUCCGUUUUAGAGAAGAACACUUGAUCAUAUAUCCUGGGAAAGAAAACAUUUUACUUUUUUGUAUAGAUAAGCCUUAUAUAAUGCCUUAAUUUUUGCAUUUUCAUUUCUCAUUUCCCCUUUUCCUUCUAACUGCCCCAGAAGACAUAUUUCGUAUCAU